CAGAACAAGGAAAGAAAAAAUCAACAGAAACGGGGAAGAAAAACGGAAAAAGAAGAGCAGCGCGGCGGCGGGCCCAAACUCUGCGACGCGCCGCAGGAAGAAGAGGACUGGCUCUACCGCAAUCCCGCUAUCCUGGCGGCAUCCACGACUCCGAUUUCCGUUGUGCUUCCUUUUGCUCUAAAAGGACCUCAUGACUUGCUCUGCUCUUCAGUUGUCUCUCUUUCUCGGUUCUAUAUGCCAUAGCCAGAUAGCCUUCUAGCCUUAUUUUCCUGCUACUUUACUUAAGGGCAUUCAUUCCUACAUUUUCCUGUUACUUUACUUAAGGGAUUUAUUCCUAAUUCAUUGCGCAUUGGUUAUCCUGACAAAUGGGAGCAUUGCUAGCAGAUCUCUCUUCUCUGGAUAACCACACCAAUCAUGAGGGAAUCGCCUCCAACGCAGGGGGAGCCAUCUACAUCUUCUGCGGUUGAUGAUAGUUACUCAGCCGACAGGGUUGAAGAUUCACAACUAUUCCUCUCCGUACCUGCUUUAAACCAAGCUGCAUCUUAUCUUGCUCAGACGGCUUCAUUCCUCACCCAAUGCCUCCCAGUACCUGGUUAUGUGGUGCAGGUCUGUCUGAGGAGGGCCAAGAAUUAGCAACACUUCCACCUGCAUCGGCCUCAGGCAGGCUUUCUGUUCAGACUUCUUCAGUAGAGCCUGCUGGCACCAAUUCAUCCCUUGGUCAGGCAGAUUGUGGUGGAAGCCCCUCUCAAGAAAACACAGGACAAAUGGUGCCUUCGCAUGUUUUUCAGAAUGGAGCUUCACUGUUCCAAGGCCUUGUUGAGCGUGCUCGGAAAACGGUCCGUGGUUCAGCAGAUGAUAUUGGCUGGCUCCAGCGGGAUCAAAGCUUACCUACAACUGAGGAUGGUACAGCCAGAUUCUUGGAGAUUUUGGACUCUGUAAGAAAAAAUGAGCACAAGCUACCUGAUUCAGUGGUUUACUUGUUGGUUCCAGGUCUGUUUAGUAACCAUGGACCACUUUACUUUGUCAAGACAAAGGCAUAUUUCUCCAAGAUGGGUCUAGCUUGCCAUAUUGCCAAAAUUCAUAGCGAGUCUUCAGUGAGUAAAAAUGCACGAGAGAUAAAGGAAUACAUUGAAGAAAUAUACUGGGGAUCAAGGAAACGUGUGCUACUUCUUGGUCACAGCAAGGGCGGUGUUGAUGCAGCUGCAGCCCUCUCCCUCUACUGGCCACAACUCAAAGACAAAGUCGCAGGUUUAGUAUUAGCCCAAAGUCCAUAUGGUGGAAGCCCUGUUGCUUCAGAUAUCCUGCGAGAGGGGCAGCUUGGUGACUACGUCAGGCUGCGUAAGAUCAUGGAGAUCUUGGUAUCCAAGGUCCUUAAGGGUGAUCUGCAGGCUCUAGAAGAUCUGACUUAUGAAAGGCGGAAAGAAUUCCUGCGACAGCACCCGUUGCCUCAGGAUGUUCCGAUCGUUUCGUUCCACACGGAGGCAAGCAUCACUCCCAGUGUGCUCACAGCGCUCUCUCACGUUGCACACCUGGAGCUCCCAAUUGCUGCCGACGGCAAUUCCACCAGGAUCCCAGUUGUAAUGCCACUUUCAGCGGCAAUGGCAGCAUGCUCGCAACUGCUGGUGGCAAGGUAUGGCGAGAAGAGUGACGGUCUUGUGACGCGGAAGGAUGCUGAGGUUCCUGGGUCAGUGGUGGUCCGUCCUGAGCGGAAGCUAGACCACGCAUGGAUGGUGUAUUCGUCGCUGAAGGAAGAGCCCAGGGAUCAGGCGGACACGUCGCAGGUAUGCGAAGCCCUGCUGACUCUACUUGUUGAGGUUGCACAGAAGAGAAGGCAUGAGAUGGCCAUGAAAGACGAGUGAAAGUAGCUUUUUGGUAGAUUUUCGGUGUUGGCCGGAGAUAGUGAGAUGAGAUGUGUAUCCUCCCUGUAAUCGUACACUGGUUGUUGCCGACUGUACAGAAUUGUUCUGCUCAAAGUGCUUGGGGACAUUUUUUUGUUUGGCUGACAGAAGCUUGUGAAUAAUUCUCUUGCAUAUAUCAUGUGAAGUUCAGAGGUGGAUGGAAAAGGCUCUGGCAGGGUAUUGUAGGUCUUUUUGAGCUUAUUCUUUGAAUAAUAUAGGUCAGAUUGUUAUAUAUAUAUCAUACUGCAAUAGCAUGCAAAACACAUGUACAGGAACAGGACUGAUAAAUUUGUUCAUAAAGUAUAUUGCACGUAUUGCUGAAA